AAGCAAAACCAGCUGCCUGCCCGCACAAAAUUAAGGGCUUCUGAAUUACAUCCCGCACUAAUUCCAUCCAUCGAUCGGCGCCUCUUUUCUUAUAGUAGAAAAGGAGCCAGGGUUGUUCUGAGGAGUGUAAUUUCGUAACCUCUAACAGAAGCGGAAGAAGAAAGUGGGGAGAAGGCCCGCGCCGCUGGCACAGGAGACGAGCAAGCACGCGCGUCGCCUCACAAGGACGUCGCUGAAGGCGGAGAAGAUGGGGGCGAAGAUGAUGAAGACCAAGAAGCAGAAAAUCCGUGGGCAAAAUUCGCACCACAGACAAAUCCAUGGGCAAAAUUCGUGGCACAGACCCCUGCGCGCCCGACGUUAUGGCCCUCACUACUCUCUCAUUCAUUUUUGAUCAUGUGAUCGCGCCAUCCUUGAAAAAGAUGAAAAGUACUAGUUGCUCUGUCGUGCUUGUUGUAAUAUCUAUCUAGUUUAAAUCAUGUGUGUUCUAGCUCUUCGUGAUCAUCGUUCAGGGUCUGACGAAGACCACGGAUUAGCAGGAAAAGAUCCUCUAAUCUUCCCGAAGCCAAUCUUCGCGAAGCCGGCAGGCAAGCCGCAAGAACUGGCUCACCUCCAGCAGAAGGGGAAGUUAAGGGUUCCCCCAUUACAUCCUUCACUAGCAUCCCUGGCUCUUUUUUCAUAAGGAAAUAAAUCUGAAUGGGAUGCAAUUCCGUAGCUUACUUUGAUUUUCCGAGAUGUUAGUUAGUUCUCGUCAGGAAUGAUGUAAUUCUAAUUCCUUAAUAAGAACCUCUAAGGAAGACACAACCUCAACAACCGGUCUUGGAGGACCCGCCUGGGGAGGGUAGCAUGUUAUGCUGCUAA